AUGGGGCUCCCUGCCCGGAAUUGGGAGCACAUUUUGGGAGUAAAUUAUUUGUCUUCUUGCCCCAGCUGAUGUGCGAGCCAGCAUGUCUCGGAGGAAGCAGGCGAAACCCCAGCAUCUCCAAUCGGACCCUGGGCUGGCCCUGCCUGGAAGUCAUGGUACACUGGAUCUAAUACAGAUGAAGAUUGCCAGAGAGUCUGAAGAAAUGAAAUCUGAAGUAGAUGAAGGAAAACUUCUAUUUAUAAAAGAAAGAGUUACAGAGAGGGUUCAAGCUCACCGGACACCCAAGAACAAGGAUGCUCACGUCUGCACCAGAUGUUGCGCUGAGUUCUUUGAACUAUCAGAUUUGUUGCAACACAAGAAGAACUGCACUAAAAAUCAAUUGGUUCUAAUUGUGAAUGAAAAUCCACCACCUCCUGCUGAAACAACCUCUCCAAGUCCCCCCUCAGAUAAUCCUGACGAGCACAUGAAUGACACAGUUAAUAACGCAGAUCAAGCUGACUGUAGUGACCUUUCAGAGCAUGACAAGCCUGACAAAGAAGAAUCCAUGGAGGUGGAGAUCGAAGCUAGCAAUAGCAGCAGUGGUUCCAACAAAGUGGAAAAUGGUGUUUCUAGUAGUAAUAAUUCCACCUUGGGUACCUCAGCCAUCACAACCACACUACCUCAAGUAAGGGAUCUGGCAGCUUUGGGCAACUUUUCAGUUAUUAACAGCAAUGUAAUUAUUGAAAACCUUCAAAGUACUAAAGUGGCGGUGGCACAGUUUUCCCAAGAAGCAAAGUCUAAAGGAGCAAGUAACAAUAAAAUGGCCGUGCCAGCACUAAUGGAGCAGCUUCUGGCUUUGCAACAGCAGCAGAUCCACCAGUUGCACCUAAUUGAGCAAAUUCGUCACCAAAUAUUAUUGUUGGCAUCACAAAGUGCAGAAAUGCCUACAUCUAGCGGUUCUCAAGGGGCACUGAGGGUAUCUGCUACCCCGUUGACUACAUUGAGUUCUCAUCUGUCCCAACAGCUUGCAGCAGCAGCUGGCUUGGCUCAAAGUCUUGCUAGCCAGUCAGCCAGCAUUAGUGGUAUCAAGCAAAUACCCUCAGUACAGCUACCUCAGAGCAACCCUGGCACCAAUAUUCCAUCCAAUAGUAGUUGUUCUCCUUCUAUCGGUCAAAUGGCAGCAGCUAAUCCACCUUCUGUAGACAGAGUACCUUCAAGCACUGGUGGCUCACAGGUUAGUAAUCAAGCAGCACCUAUAACAUCUUCACCAGCCUUUGCAAUAAGCAGUCUAUUAAGUCCUGCACCUAAUCCACUACUACCUCAGGCUGCAACGAGUACCACCAUAUUCCCCAGUGCAUUACCCAACAUAGGAACAACGGCAGAGGACUUAAGCUCACUGAGGAAAAGCAAGCCGGCCAGCACAGCUCCAUUUGAAGCAAAGAGCUCCUCUGAUGAGGCGUUCUUCAAGCACAAGUGUAGAUUCUGUGCAAAGGUCUUUGGUAGUGACAGUGCCUUGCAGAUCCAUCUUAGGUCUCAUACAGGCGAGAGGCCAUUUAAAUGCAACAUUUGUGGUAACCGGUUUUCCACUAAAGGAAAUCUAAAAGUUCACUUUCAGCGUCAUAAAGAGAAAUAUCCUCACAUUCAGAUGAAUCCAUACCCGGUGCCAGAGCAUUUGGACAACAUACCAACAAGUACAGGAAUUCCAUAUGGAAUGUCUAUACCACCUGAAAAACCUGUAACAAACUGGCUGGACAGCAAGCCAGUUUUACCUACCCUGACCACAUCUGUGGGGAUGCCACUUCCACCAACUAUUUCCAACUUGACACCAUUCAUUAAGACUGAAGAACCCCAAUCUAUAGCUAUCAGUCACCCAGUUGCUAGCCCAUCCGAUUCAGGAAAAAGUGAUUUGCCGGCUGUAGGACCCCCUUUUAAAAAAAGUAACAGUCCUUUAGAAGAGACUGAAUCUAUGGAGUUGCCCAACCCCGAUGACAAAGGUGAAGAAAACUCUCAACAUUCAAAUUUCCUAAAUUUUGACAGCACUACUUGCUCUCCUUCUGGUGACUUGGCAACUGCUAACCCCACAACUUUUUCAAACCCAGUUCUACCAUUGCUCUCCGAACAAUUCAAAGCAAAAUUUCCUUUUGGUGGGCUUUUGGAUACAGCUCCUGCAUCAGAGACCUCCAAACUGCAGCAACUUGUAGAAAAUAUUGACAAAAAGUCUAGUGACCCAAAUGAGUGUGUGAUAUGUCAUCGUGUACUAAGCUGCCAUAGUGCUCUUAAAAUGCAUUAUCGAACACACACAGGGGAAAGACCCUUCAAAUGUAAAGUAUGUGGACGUGCUUUUACCACGAAAGGUAACCUAAAGACUCACUAUAGCGUCCAUCGUGCCAUGCCACCACUUAGGGUACAGCAUUCCUGCCCCAUUUGUCAAAAGAAAUUUACAAACGCCGUUGUGCUGCAGCAACAUAUCAGGAUGCAUAUGGGAGGACAAAUUCCUAACACCCUAGUCGCUGAAAAUUAUCCUGACUCUAUGGAAUCUGAUACUGGGUCCUUUGAUGAAAAAACUAUGGAUGACCUUGACAACUUCUCAGAUGAAAACAUGGAAGACUGUCCUGAUAGCAGUGUUCCAGACACACCUAAAUCUGCAGAUGCAUCUCAAGAUAGCUUAUCUUACUCUCCACUGCCCCCUGAAAUCUCAAGCAUUGCUGCUUUAGAGAAUCAAAUGAAGAUGAUCAGUGCUGGACUGGCUGAGCAGCUUCAAGCUAGUCUCAAGUCAGCUGAAAAUGGCUCCAUUGAAGGUGAUGGUAUGACUAAUGACUCAUCCUCUUUUGGUGGUGACCUUGAAAGCCACAGUGCUGGGAGCCCAGCUGCCUCGGAGUCUACUUAUUCAAUGAAUGCUAUGUCACCUAACAGCACAAAUGACAUUUUGAAGUUUCCUAAUGCUGAAGAAAGGCCACCUCGAGCUUUACCAUCUGAACUAUCCAACGGGAUGUCACCAACUCCUGCCAAUGGAGGUGCUCUAGACUUGACUUCCACCAACACAGACAAAGUGAUUAAAGAAGAACCCAUGGGUAUGCUAUUUCCAUUCAGAGAACGAAACAAAUUUAAAAACACAAUAUGUGAUAUUUGUGGUAAAACAUUUGCAUGUCAGAGUGCCUUGGACAUUCAUUACAGAAGCCAUACCAAAGAGAGGCCAUUUAUAUGUACAGUCUGCAACCGUGGCUUUUCCACUAAAGGCAAUUUAAAACAGCAUAUGCUUACCCACCAGAUGCGAGAUCUACCAUCACAACUUUUUGAGCCCAGUUCCAACUUGAGUAUUAACACACACCUAACACCAAACCCAACUCCAAAUCCACUGGCAACAAUAAUAAAGACUGAGUUUAAUGGUUUUUUGCAUGGCUCAACUCAGGAAAGUAAAGAACAGACUCCAAGUAUUAAAUCUUCUGGAUCUCUGUCCUCUUCUGCUACGUCACCGGUUCUCCUUUCAGCUUUGGCUAGAAGGACUCCAAAGCAGCAUUACUGCCAUGCAUGUGGCAAGUCUUUUUCAUCUUCCAGUGCUUUACAAAUCCAUGAGAGAACUCAUACUGGUGAAAAACCAUUUGCCUGCACUAUAUGUGGAAGAGCGUUUACAACAAAAGGCAAUCUUAAGGUUCAUAUGGGUACUCACAUGUGGAACAGUACACCUGCAAGGAGAGGAAGACGGCUUUCUGUGGAUGGGCCUAUAGCAUUUUUAGGAGGGAAUCCUAUCAAAUUUCCUGAAAUAUUCCAGAAAGACUUGGUUGCCAGGACAGGCAAUGGGGACCCAUCCAGUUUCUGGAACCAGUAUGCUGCAGCUUUGUCCAAUGGCUUGGCCAUGAAGACCAAUGAAAUUUCCGUUAUUCAGAACGGUGGAAUUACUCCAAUGACUGGAAGCUUGGGAAACGGUGGGAGCUCCCCCAUCAGUGGUCUCACUGGGAACCUAGAAAAACUGCAAAACUCUGAACCAAAUGCACCUCUAGCUGGUCUGGAGAAACUAGCAAGCAGCGAGAACGGGACUUCCUUCAAGUUCAUGCGUUUUGUGGAGGACAGCAAAGAGAUUGCUACAAACUAGCCUCCAUUCUCCAGGACAAUUCAUGCAGCCAGAGGUUGCCAUGCUUCAGAUUUCUUUCCUUUUAUUUUUUUAUUUUUUUUUGUCUUUGUUUUCUGAGAACUUGCACCAUUGAGACUUUCUUUGGAUCAUGUCCAACUUCCAGAGUUUUAAGUGAGUGUAUUUAUUAGUGAUGAAAAACUUAUUUUUAGCUCUGCAUAUCAAUGCAAGCUUUAGCUCUGGCCUUCGUAUUUGGAACGAAAUACUAAUAGACUAGAGUUGUAAACCGGCUGUAACAUUUAUGGCAACUUGCAAGUCUUGAUAGUUGGUCUUUUUGGCAUUAACUUAUUUUAUAUAUUCAAUUUAACCUGGUCCCUGGUGUUAAUGCAGAAGGGUAACGUGGGAGUAUGACUUUGUCUCUACGUGAAUGCACAUUUUAAGGGAAGAUUAUUUCUUUGUUUCGUUCUUCUGGGGGGGGGCAGGAGGGUUGGUUUUAUGACAUGGACUGAUUUUAAGACUGUACAGUGCUACCCUAAACCGUUUUUUUUUUUUUUAAGGUUUUUCUUAUCCACUAGUAGAUGUUCUGUGCAUUUUUACUUUCCUGUGUACAGUGACCACCACGUCAUUUCAUUUGAGAGGAUGCAAGCAUUUUAAUUGUUUUUCUUAUUUUUUUUUAACAGUUGCAGUUGACACUUUUGUUUUUGUUUCUUUUCCCUCUUAGUAGGUAUAGUCCUUAUGGAAUAUGUGCUGGAAUUUCACAAUUGCUGCUAAGUACUAGCAUCUGGAACAAACUUCCAUUGAAAAAAAUGUAGAUGCUUGUGUAUAUGUACAUAUAUAAAUAUAUAAAGGAGAAAAGAAUUCACUUUCGCUAGUGUAAAUACGUUUGUGUAAAUAAGUUUUUGAAACUUUUUGCUCUCAAGUGGUCUUGGGGAGGUUGGGGAGGGAAGCUUUCAUUUCGAUGCAGUCAAGGGGUUAAAAGAAAAUGGACAACCCCCUCCUCCUCCUCCUUUGCUGUUCUCCGAGAGGAAAAACCUAAAGUGAGGUGUGGUUCAUGAUUUUUGUAUUAGCGGGAAGUGGACAUUUAUGCACUUUCUUUUUGAAAGUUGGACGUCCAGCUCCCUUGUUUUAUUGCAUAGAAUACUGUAAUUUUAAGUACUCAAAUACAUGAAUUUUCCAACA